AUGAAACUUCCAUAUACAUCUUUUCUUUAGAUCAAGAAGGAUGAGAACAACGUUUCUAUUACUUUACUGGCUCGGGUGUCUGGCAUAGGUCCUGCUAAAGCAAAAGAAUUGGUGGAUGCUAGCAUCAAAACGUUAGAAGAUCUCAGAAAGCAUCAGGACAAGCUGACACAUCAUCAGAAGCUGGGUUUGAAGUACUUUGAUGAUUUCGAGAAAAAAAUACCUAGAGCUGAGAUCGUACAGAUAGAGAAAAUACUAAAGAGUGCUAUUAAAGAAUUGAACAGCGAUUACAUUGUAACUAUUUGCGGAAGCUACAGACGCGGCAAGGAAGAGAGUGGAGACAUCGAUGUGCUCAUAACACAUCCUAAGUACACGUCGAAGGAUGCAGAGAAGAAAACCGUGUCAUUAAAAGCGAUCGUCGAAUGUCUCGAGAAGAAGCGAUUAAUUACAGACACGAUUUCUCUUGGAUCCACUAAAUUUAUGGGAGUGUGUCGGUUAGUCGAGAAGGGUAAACCUUUCAGAAGACUGGACAUACGACUCACAUUUUACGAUCAGUAUUAUUGCGCCAUACUUUACUUCACGGGAAGUGAUUUGUUCAACCAGAAUAUGAGAGCACAUGCGUUAGAGAAGAAAUACACUUUGAAUGAAUAUGCGCUGAAAUGUCUUACAACUGAAGGUCGUCCAGGCGAAGCUGUAAAGAUUACAUGCGAGGAAGAUGUUUUUAAAAUUCUAGGUUUGCCCUACAAGGAUCCAAAGGAUAGAAAUAUGCCUUUCCUCCUCGCGAGAUCCUCGAUGGCGCGACGUUCAACGACGUUGAGCAAUCUCGGUGAUUUCAGUGAUUGCAGUGUAUGUUCUUCUUCUCGCGACAUGGAACGCCUGACGAUCAACAGCGAGGUCGACACACAAGUCGAGAUGCAACAAAAGGAUGACGGUGUAUUCGUCGAAAAUGUAGCAUCCUUCCACGUGUCUUGUGAUAGACAUAGGACCAGAUCCAAUUCGGUGAUAGAUUCCAUUGGAGGUAUAGACUCGAUCGUGCCAUCCACAGACAAUGCAAUUCCACGGAAGAAAUCUUUAUCCAGUUCAGAUUACCACACCUUGCCGGAUCCAGACUGCAUCGACACGGAGGUUUUCGUAUCUGAAUGGGUCGAAAAGAUAUCUGAUACGUCCGAUGCACACGCAAGUUUUCCUCCACAAAAUGAGGAUGAUAACUUGAUUAUUGGGCUAUCUUCGAAGGUUACUGCAAUCAUGUCGGUAGUGAAGGAUGCAGAAUGUUACAACAUGCACCAUAAAUACCGUGGUAAAUGCGUGAUCUUCAAUCAUGAAGAAUUCGACACGGGUUUUGACAAGCGCGAAGGCUCGACAGCGGACGCGUUAAGAUUGGAGAAGAGUUUUGGAAAACUCGGAUUUGACGUUGAAAUUUACAAUGAUUUUACUCAUGUCGAAGUUAUGGGCGAGAUCGAUAAACUGAGCAACUACGAUCAUACAGAUAAUGACUGCCUUUGUAUUAUCGUGCUAACCCACGGGCUUCAUAAUGAUUUGAUAUGCGCAAAGGACGCCGCUUACAAAUCAGACAAAAUCUGGAAGCCAUUCACUGCCGACAGAUGUACAUCGCUCGCGGGAAAACCAAAAUUAUUUUUUUUCCAGGCUUGUAGGGGCGACGAACUUGAUGGCGGUGUUUUAUUAUGCGCUCGCAGUUUAAUAACAUCGGAAACUGAUAGUGUAGCAUCUUAUAAGAUCCCAACACACGCAGAUUUUCUAAUAGCUCACAGCUCGGUUCAAGGUUUUUAUACCUGGAGAAAUCCCGUGGAAGGUACAUGGUACAUACAAUGCUUGUGCGACGUCUUGGAUGAGCAUGGAACAAAGUUGGAUCUGAUGAGUCUGCUGACAAUGACGGCGCGCAAAGUAGCCACGGAUUACACCUCUCACAACCCCGAUGAGCCAAUUAUGCACGAUAAGAAGCAAGUGCCGUCCGUGACAACGAUGCUGAUCAGAUCUAUUUACUUCCCGCCGAAAACACAGACCUAAAUUGUCGCCGAAAUAUCAACGACCGAUGAUAUUUCUAAGAGACAAAUUAUCGAAGAAUUUUCAUGA